AUGGGAAGAAAGCGUCUUGAAAAAAAUAUAAAAAAUGUAAAAAAAAGAAAAAGGAAGAAGGGAUCAGAUAGUGAAGAUAAUGAUGAUAUCGAAAUAACAAAUAAUACUGUUAGUUUGAAUAGAAACGUUUCAUGUAAAUUUAAACAAAGAGAAAAAGUUGAUAUAAAUUUAAUACUAGCUCAAGAUGAGGCUGAUGCUUUUAAAAUGAAAAGUUAUUGUUGGACUACAGUUAGUGGAGGAAGUACUUCUUUAAUUAGAAGAAAAUUUUGUAUUGUUUGUGGAUUUGAAGGAAAGUACAAAUGUUUGAAGUGUUAUGAACAUAAACCAAAAUCUUAUAUAAGAUAUUACUGUUCAUUAAAUUGUAAAAAAAUACAUGAUGAUUCUUCAUGUUGUAAAUCAAAAAUGUUAGAUAUAGGAUAA